ACCGGGUCUCUCCGGGAGGGUCGCGAAGAACCGCUGCUCGCGUACAGAGCUGGAAGUUCAGCGGGCUACUUCCUCCUUCACUCACUCUGCUGAUUGGGGUGGAACGGAGUCAAGAAAUGUCCAAAUGUGGGUGGUAUAGGGAAAAUGAAAACAGUCAAAUACAUAAAAGGAAAAAUUGGACCCCAGUAACUGGAAGGAGAACGGAGUAAAAUUUAAGUGAGAAAACUGUUGCAAGCCAAGGCAAAGAGAACCUUCAAACAGGUGAUUCCCAGACGUCUGCAGAGUCUUGGAAUUCUCAGAUGCAAGCACAAGUAAAACUUCUUCUGUGGCAUUUCAAGUCGCCCUCUGCCAUUGUCAGUGACAUGGUUUUCAGUUCCUGGUUGUGAGCUGCUUCUCCCCACGUAUUCUCCAGCUUACCAUUGUGUUCAUUUUGUCGAAGAUUCUUUCCCAACACCAUUUCUUGCUGUUCUUCAAUGCCAUAUGAGCCUAAGCUGUGUUCAGUUCCCAAAUGAGAACAACCACAGUUCCCUGAAGAUUGAUAACCUGACGAAUAUCAAUAUGUUUUCCCGUGGCUAGGAUUUUGGAUAAUGUGGGGAUACUGGCUGGCCCCACAAUGCCAAUAACUUCAGAAAGUGCCAAGCUCUAUCUCCCUCUCCUAGAACACUGGCUGGACAUCAGACUGAAGGAAGAACAAGAAACACCUGGACUUCAACUGUGCCAGUCAGCUAUUCAGAUGCUUUGUGAAUACAUUCACCUCAGUUUUGGAGUGGAAGCAAGUGUCAGACAACCAGAUCAAAAGGAAAGAGACAAUUUUGAAAUUUGUGUCGCUUACUUGAUCAGAACAGAAGGAGACAAAAAUGAUCUUGGAGUGCGUUUUGGGAAUAUCCCAAUCUAUUGGGAUUCUCCGAGUGACUGCAACAGCAAAAAGAGUAGGAAGAAAAAGAAAAAUAGCAAAGGGCCCGUGUUGGAUGUGGGAUACAUCUGGGUUACAGAAGUGGAAAAGCACAGUCCUGCUGCAAGAUGCGAGAAGAUUAAAAUUCGAGACGAAGUGUUAAUGCUGAAUGGACAGUUGAUGGUUGGUGUUGAUGUGGCAGGUGCCAGUUACCUGGCUGACCAGUGCUGGAAUGACGGAUGUGUCUACCUGAUCAUGCUCCGUCGCAUCAAACGCAAAGCUCCUCUUCCUCCUUCCCAUGGCAGUAGCGUUGAAUCCAGGACAGGCAGCAGUGCCUCGGAUCCGAGCAGAAGUCCUCAACAAAAUGGCAAACGGACUCGGAAGUUUGGUGUUGUCUCCCGUUCGUCCCUGAAUAGGGACAGCCGGGAGAGUCAUGACUCUGAGCAAGAAAAUGGAUAUCACAUGUCUCUGGAACGUGAGUGUUCAAAAGUGGAACCAGUGGACCCAAACUGCAGCUCCAAAGAUGCUUGUACCACUGAUGAGCAGGACACUGAAAAGCAGCUUGCUAACGAGACUUCUAGUCUAUCAACAGUACAGCACAGAACAAGAUUUUCAGAAACUGGGAAAAGAGACUCUAAACAGAGUGAGCACUAUUCUCAGCGGGAAGGCUGCCAGAUCUGGAAAAUGCACAUGGUUAAAGGUUCGGAUGGACUUGGCAUUCAGAUCACAGGGGGGCGGGGAUCCAAACGUUCUCCCUAUGGCAUCAUCAUUACAUCUGUUGAAGAAGGAGGAGCAGCACAAAGGGAUGGAAGGCUGAAAUCUGGUGAUGAGCUGCUGAUGAUUAACGGACAGUCCCUGGUUGGACUCUCACACCAAGAGGCAGUAGCUCUUCUUCGGUCAGCAGCAGGACUGGUACAGCUCAUUGUUGCAAGCAGGGAUGAAUCCGAGAUCCAUUUCCAGAAGUAUCCCUCUACAAGUUUACCUGAUCUAGUCACGAAUUUUGCGAUGGCUGAUAAUUCUCCCUCCCCUAUGGAAAAUAAAGAAAAUGUAAAACCAGAAAGCAGUGGUGCCACAUCUGACUGCCAUGUAAACCAUGGUCAAGAAACUGUUUCAGAAACUGCAAAAGGAGAAGAACAUGAAGCAUCUCUACCAUGCUGCCGAAGUCCAAUACCAGGAGGUAGUAUAAUGAAAUUCAGAAGUCGAUCACAAGGUGGAGGGAGCCGCUUGGAAUCUGUAGGAGAAGAUGAUGAGCUGAUUGUGGAAAAUGGUGAAACGAGUAGUGAAAUGUCAGAAAAGCCUCCACGAGGAGGGCGGAAACACUCCCUUCCGCAGCAGCUUGAUGCAGCGGGAACCAGACAGGAGUAUCAAAUCGUAAAAAAGUCAGCGCGUUCCUUGAGUACAGUUCAAGUGGAAUCGCCAUGGCGACUGGCCCAACCUUCAAUCAUCUCCAACAUCGUUCUAAUGAAAGGACAAGGAAAGGGUCUUGGUUUCAGCAUUGUUGGUGGUCAGGACUCUGCCCGAGGACGGAUGGGAAUAUUUGUUAAAACUAUUUUUCCAAAUGGAGCAGCUGCUGCUGAUGGAAGAUUGAAGGAAGGAGAUGAAAUUCUAGAGGUUAAUGGGGAAUCUCUCCUGGGACUAACUCAUCAGCAAGCCAUACAGACCUUUAAGCAACUGAGAAAAGGAGUUGUGACGCUAACUGUUCGUACCAGGUUGCGUAGCCCGAGCCUUACACCGUGUCCCACUCCCACGCUAAUGAGCCGCUCCAGCUCUCCCAAUUCCAAUACCAGUGGUGGAACUCCAAUACCAGGCUCAGAAGAGGGAGAUUAUUCUCGCAAGGGGCCAGGACCAAAGGAUCGAAUCAUAAUGGAGGUGACAUUGAAAAAAGAGCCUGGAGUUGGGUUGGGGAUUGGAGCCUGUUGCCUUACCUUAGAGAAUAGUACACCAGGAAUCUAUAUUCACAGCCUCGCCCCAGGAUCAGUAGCCAAACUGGAUAGCAGAUUGAGCCGAGGGGAUCAAAUUUUAGAGGUGGACUCUGUGAGUCUGCGACAUGCUGCUCUAAGUGAAGCGUAUGCGAUUCUAAGUGAGUGUGGUCCAGGUCCUAUCAGCCUUAUCAUUAGCCGUCAUCCAAACCCAAAGGUUUCAGAACAGGAAAUGGAUGAAGUUAUUUCACGUUCAACUCACCGGGAGAGCAUAAGCAAAGAUGGACAAUCGUCAUACACCCCAGGGUUAUCAUCAAAGAGUCCAUCACCAAGUGUAAAAUUCAAGCAGGCUGAUGGAUCUUCUCUCAGCUGGACAAUGAAACGUUUUCUGGAGCCCUCAAGCCGUCAAGGUUCUGUGAGUUCAGAAACUGAACUUUCCCAGUACUUUUCCCACGAUGUGCCUGGACAGUCUUCGUUCUCGGAAGCAAUGGCUACAGUUUUUGAUGAUGAACUACUGAGGCAAAAAAGCAUAAACAACUCAUUGGAUGAUAACUCUGGCCCUUCAGUGCUGAAAGAAAUUGCCGUAUCUAACUCAGCCGAGGCCUCUGUCACUCUCAGCAGUGGGAAGGCUGCUGCACCUCACAGCAGACACGUGGAAGUUGCCCAUCAGUCCAGCCUGAACGGGAGUCCCAAAUCAAUCCGAAGCCCCCUACUACGCCAAAGGAGGGUCAUUUGCUACGAUGACGUCAGUGAUGAGGAGGACUUAGUCAAAGUUGAGGAAAACAUACACCUGAAACAGUCACAAAGGGACACAGCACAGAAGAUACCCGAAGGCGAUUCAGACAUCAUCAUAGCCACCUCUUCUGUUGAAGUUGACGAUGAGAGUCAAGAUGGUGAAUUACAGAGAAAUAUCAGCAGUGAAGGUGCCACAUCAGCUUAUGGCAGCUCAUUGGAGUCUGAGGACAGCUCCAUGGAGCAGAUGGUUGACUCACCUUUCAUGCCGCUCAAGUUCUUCGAAUCUUCCAGCUCCACUGAGACUAACCACAGCAACCUUGGUGUGAAAGAGGGUCAGCUGGAGUCUAAGCGUUCACCCAAACUUGAACACAAAGCCGUCACGAGGGUGAAGAGCAUGAUGAGCAUCGAGUGCCCACCCAACCUCCUGCGGCAGAAGAACGAAGAGCACCAUUCUCCCUCCAGCAAGCCCGUACCAAGACCACUGCCCCACAGCAAAAAGACUGAAUCUGCAGAUGCCUCAGGGCCGCACCAUACAGAAACCAUACAUCUCUCGCGCAAGCCGUCAGAAUCAUUCGGAUUGGAUUUGGAAAUUAAGGCCUCUCCGCUGAGGAUUCUGGUAACCAGUUUACAACCAGGUGGAGUUGCUGAGAGAGAAUCUAAGGGAAAGCUUGGUCCUGGAGAUGAAGUGGUCCUGGUUAAUAGCAUGCCUGUCUGCAACAUGUCUUACCAAGAGACCUGCAGCUUUAUGAAUGACCUCCCAGCCUCCAUCACACUGGAAGUACUGAAACCAGUAUCUGCUGUAGACAGAUUAUCCAGCAUCAUCUCGUCCGCCUCAACAGAUGUGAAUCUGGCAGCACCUGAGAACUCUGAAAAUGACAAGAAUCUAAACACCGAAGGAAGCUGUGAGGAGAAGCGUGUGGACUUGCUGCAGAACCACUGUACAAGCAUACGAAGAGAAACCCAGGGAAACCUUGGUGGAGAUCCUGUGGAGAAGAAGCAGGAAAUGUCACAGACUUCUCACCAUAACGGGAACAAAUGUGACCGCCCAGUGGCGUACAUUGAUGACACCGUCAAUGACCUCAAUUCCACUGAGGAAGAAACUACAAAUACAUCGUCUUCAGAUUCAAAAAUGGAUCAAGAUGUGAAAACUGCAGAUUCAAUAAAAGCUAUCAACACCAGAAAUGAUGUCAGCAAUAAAAGUGAGUCCAUAAACAGUAUCAAACAGGAUGUUCUCAAUUAUUCUGUUCUGAAUUCAGUCAACACAGGCAAAGUAUUUUCAGUGAGCAAAGCUUGCCUGACUAACUACUCCAGAAAUAUGAGUACUGAGAGGGAGGAAAUGUCAGUAAGUUCAACAGGUUUCACAGAAAAUAAUAAACAACAGUCCAUGUAUGCUGCUGCUGUGGAUUCCGAUUCAGAGACCGAAUCUUCUGAUAGCCCUCAGGUCUCCCGUAAUAAAGUGGUGAUGUCUUUGCCUGCAGUGGCUGGCUUCAGUCAGUGUGAAAAUCUCAGUGUCGCAGAUUCAGACACUGAAGAGGUUGAAAUCUGCUACCCGCCCAGUGAUCGAACUACCAGCACGGAGCAACCUGCGCCUCUUCUACCCAAGCUAAAUAAGAGCCAUUUGCCCCUGAAUAAGGACUUAGCAGAGGCAAGUAGAGUGACACCACCGGUGGUCGGAAAAACACAUUCACAUCUGUCCUUUACAUCCUACGAUAGUGCAGAGACCUUAACCUCUUCCUCACUGCCUUGUAAUUAUGAUGAUAAUGAAAUGAAGACUGCUGGACCCCUGCUGUGUUCAGUCACUGGCAGGCCUUCCAAACCGAUGAAAUUUGAAAGCAAUACCUUUCAUACUACUAUGGACAUAAAUGAUUCGCAAAUGGAAAUUCAGGAAUUUGAUGUAACUUCCAAGCAAUGUCCUCCAGCAAAUAUAAAUUAUGCUGCAGAAGGUACAAAUGUAAAAACGAAUCAUAAUGAAGAGUUGAACAAAGACAAUUCUAAUGGAAAAGUUGCCAGAGAAUUUGUUGAAGCGGAAGACUACCACAAUGAUUCCGACUUUUCUGUCUCUUCUUCAGAGUUGGGAAGAACAGACCAUAAAUUUCCUUCUUCAUUAGAUACCAAGAAAGCAAAGAUUGCCAGUACAAGUCUACAGUCUCAGCAUCCAGUGCUCGAUCCUAAUCUGUCUUCUACAAACAAGUCUAAUCCAGAACCUGCUGAUACAGCUUCUUCUGUAACUCAUAUCAGAAAGGCUUUGUCAAAUUCUAGUCCGCAGCUGCAAAGGCAUUCCCUCAAUCUACACAAACAAUGUUCGGCAACUCAAAAUAUGAAAUAUAAGGGGCAGAGUGAAAGUGGACAACCAUCUCAACUGUCCAGCAGAGCUAAGUUUCAGGACAAAAUCCAGAAGUUCCAUUCUGCACCAAAACUGAAAGGACUUAGCAUUAAAAGCAAAAUUAAACCUCAGUCAGAAACUAGUGAGAAGAAUGCAUCAAUGUCAGAUGGAUCCAAAAAUUCAGAGGCAACAGAAAUAUAUCCUGAAAAUUCACCGGAUGUUGAUCAGCCAACAUCAAAACAUUUAACCAAAAGGGCAUCAUUAAUAUGUAACCUAAAAACAAAUAAGCAGGAUGAGAAAAAUCCAUCUGAAACGAAACAAGAGAAGGAAAUGGAUAAAGACUCUGCUCACUCUUCAGAACAGGUUUUGAUGCUCUUGGCAGCAGACACCAGUCUCCAAGCAAGGCAGCAAAAUAAAUUGUCUGAUGUCACUAAGACUGAUUUCAGCAAUGAAAAGCAAAAACAAGGUUUUAAAGAAGAAUCUGAACAUCAACGAGAAGUCAAAUUACGAAUAACAUUGGAUCAGGAUCUCAACGAUGGAGCUCCUAAUGAAACGCACGAGGUUAUUGAGAAAAGUGGAUGGAUUAAACGUUCUCACAAAUCGCUUGGGGAAUCAGGGAUUUAUGCUGGUGAAGAGAAUGCAUCCAAUGAAAGAUCUGUGACUGAAUCGAUGUGUUGGGACAGGGAAAGCUUGGUCAACAAAACCUUGGGGAAAUUGUCACAAAAAGCACCAAAAUUAGAAGAGACAUCAGUGGACAAAAAGCCUGAAGAGCAAUUGAAACCUGCUGAAUCUAAACCAUUGAAAGAUGUUCCUAUAAACACUUUGUGCAAUGUUGAAGAUGAUCAAGAAUGCACAACAUCACAACGUAGCUUUAUAGAGUUAAAACUAGCAUCACCUUCUCUUGAGCAGAAAGAAGUUAAAAACAUUGCUACUUCUUCAGAACUCUUACAUAAUAAGCCACCUAAAUUCCCCUUAACACUGGAUAAUACUGAAAAACCAAAGAAAGCUCCAAAACCUCCUGGGAAGUUGGAGCAGAAACCAGAUAAGCUAAGUAGUGAGGAUACAAAUGAGGUUAAAUGCCCACCUGAUCAUGCAGUCAAAGCUUCUCAAAAAAAGAUUCCAUUGCUUGAAAAACAGGUAAAAUCAUUUGAGACUUUGCAAUUACACACUACUGAUAAAAGUUCAGAAAAUGUUCAACUAAAAGUCGAAGGAACUGGAAGCUUAAGGAAAACUUUGAGUGAAGAGAAACACUCCAGCACUGACUUUUUCUUCUAUCAUAGGGACAAGGGCAAGUCAAGUAUGGGAAGUUUUAUCAACGAGCUGAAUUAUCCCCCCGAGAGUGGUUCCUUUUCUGUUAGGCAGAGAAUUAAGUCUUUUGAAAGCCUUGCCAACUUUGACAAACCUGUAAUCAGGAAGGUAGACACACAUUUGUCAGACUCAUCCUUUGUUAAUGUUACUAAGCCCGCAGUAGGAAGGCGAAUAUCAGGGAGUGCAAUAACUUUAACGACAUCCAGUGCUUCACUGGGUCAAGAUUUUGAUGCAUCUCGUGUACUGAGGCGUAGUUUGAGUUCUUACACUGAAAGCACCUCUGAAGUUGCAUUUACUUCAUUGCCAUUGAAAAAGGCUCCAUCGAGCUUAGCUUUACAAAGCUUUGAAACAAGCUCUGAAAGUAUUACCAAGGAGCUUAAAAAGACCAAUGAGUGUGAUGACAGCAAUGAAAGGUCUCAAGAACAGGACUUCAAUGCGUGGAAGGUUAACAAUGGUAAAAAUCGGUCGUCAGUCAAACACCGACCAAAUUCUUUGAAUCGCUCCAAGCUACGGGAGCUUAGAGCACUGAGCAUGCCAGAUCUGGAUAAACUGUGCAAUGAUUAUUCUACUGGUCCAAUGACCCAUAGCUUUAAAACUGAACUGGAGAUUAAGCCAAGGAAGUCCAAAGGUCCUGCUGCAGCGGAAAGCCUCACUAAUAUUUCCUCUGGAACCUCUAAUGGGUCUGGUUUAGUGAAAGUUUAUAGAUCUGGUAUUUCGAGUACAAGGUCAAAGAGCAGCUGGAAGAGCAGCACCAGAACACUGGAUUCUUGGUCUGAUGAUGAAUUGACGAACAGCGAGAAUUUGUCUGAAAAUAAAGGGAAAAGUUGGUCUAUGAGUCUUGAAGAUCUAUCACAUUCCAUCCCGGAGAAACAAAAAGCACAAGCGGUUUUGUCCUCACUAAUGGCUAAAGCAGAUAUCACAAAAAUAAUCCAGGAAGCCAAGAACAUAGCUGAGAAUAAGAGAGACGUUUAUAUCAUUGUACUGGACAAAGAUGAAGGUGCAGGAUUGGGUUUUAGUGUCGCAGGCGGUGUGGACCAGGAGCAAAAAUCUGUAACCAUUCACAAAGUAUUUUUAAGAGGAGUGGCAGCACAAGAAGGCACAAUUCAGAGGGGCGAUUACAUCUUAUCUAUCAAUGGGACGUCCUUAAUGGGCACUACACAUGGAGAUGUACUCAGUGUACUUCACCAGGCCCGCAUACAUAAACAGGCCAUCGUUGUGAUUAAAAAGGGAAAGGAAAAGGAAGAGACUUCAUCCAAAGCACAGUCAUCACUUUCUAAAGAAAACCUUCCAGCCCAAGGAGACACCACCUUAAAAGAAGCAGGAACAGGCGUGAAUGUGGACCUCAGAGGAGCAAUCACUGUGGAGCUGCUGAAGACCUCAGCCGGCCUUGGAUUUAGUCUUGAUGGUGGGAAGGCAUCAAUCCAUGGAGACAGACCACUUUAUAUUAAAAGAAUAUUUCAAGGGGGCAUUUCUGAGCAGUGUGGAAAGAUCGACGUUGGUGAUGAAUUGCUCGCAAUCAAUGGCAAAUUCUUGCAUGGCCUCAUGCACUAUGAUGCUUGGAACAUCGUCAAGUCUGUCCCUGAAGGACCCGUUCUGUUACUUAUCCGGAAAAUUAAAUCACUUUAAGGACUACAGUCUAAAUGGAGCAUUAGAUGACCAGUUGCAUCACUAGACCAAAGUGAUGUGGUAACCUAUAUUGUUGGCAGAUUUUUAAGUUUCAACAAUAUUACCUCUGACUUUGGCAAAAUUGUGAAUAAGUCAUUUAGAAUGUGAUCUGCUAUACAAGAACUUAAGUAAAAGAGUCUUCUCUUGAUCAUUCGUUGUACUUCAUAGCAGACAAUGUUCAAAUGAUAUUCAAACAACCCUGAAGUAAAUGAACUCAUUUUCAGUCAGCUCUGCUCUGACAGAUGCACUAAUUUUUGCUCAUCGAGAAAUCCAUGCAGCACAGAUGGUAAAAACUCCUUAACUUAGCCAGUUCAAUUGAGCAUAGAUACAGAAUGGCAAAGAGUUCAAAAUGUAAGGGCUUUCAAAUGCGUGCAGGUGUGCUACUGAAUCAAAAUCAGGUUUAUUAUUACUGACAUACGCCGUGAAAUGUGUUGUUUUGCAGCAGCAGUACAGUGCAAUACAUAAAUAUUACUAUAAUUACAAUGAGAAUAUAUAAAAAAUAAAUAGUGCAAAAGCAGAGCAAAAUAGUGAGAUAGUGUGCAUGGACCAUUCAGAAAUCUGAUGGUGGAGGUGGAGAAGCUGUUCUUAAAUGUUGAGUGUGUAUUUUCAGGAUCUUGUACCUCAUCGUUGAUGGCGGUAAUGAGAAGAGGGUAUGUUCUGAACCGUGAGUUUCCUUCAUGAUGGAUGCCUCAUUCUUGAGGCAUUUAACCUUCGAAGAUCAAAGUCAAAUUAAUAUCGAAGAACAUGUAUGUCACUAGAAUCAAAAUCAGGUUUAAUAUCGCUGGCAUUUGUAGUUUUGCAGCAGCAGUACACAUUGCAAUGCAAAAUUUAAACUAUAAAUAACAAUAAAAUAUAACUUUAAAUUGAUGGGGCAGCACGAUGGCAUAGUAGUUAGCACAUCACUUUACAGUGCCAGCGAUCUGGGUUCCCGCCAUUGUCUGUGAGGAGUUUGUAUGUUCUCCCCGUGAACGUGUGGGUUUCCUCUGGGUGCUCCAGUUCCCUCCCAUAGUCCAAAGGUGUACAGGUUGGUAGGUUAAUUGGCCAAUGCAAACUGUCUGUGAUUAGGCUAGGGUUAAAUUGGGGGUUACUGGGCGGCGUGGCUCGAAGGGCGGGAAGGGCCGAUUCUGCACUGUAUCUCAAUAAAUAAACAAGUGGUGCAAACAAAAAUAGUGAGGUGGGUGGUGAGGUUAGUAAACAGUGAGGUUCAUGGGUUCAUUGUCCAUUCAGAGAUCUGAUAGUGGAGGGGGAGAAGCUGUUUCUGAAGUGUGGAGUGUGUGUCUACAGGGUCUUGUAUCUCCUCCUUGGUGGUAGUAAAGAGAAGAGAGCAUGUCCUGGGUGAUGGGGGUUCUUAAUGAUGGAUGCCGCCUUCCUGAGGCAUUGCCAUAUACAUGCUGCCUUGAGGUACAUUUUCUUGCAGGCUCUCAGUGUCCUUUAUGAUGGGGAGGUUUUUGCCCAUGAUGGAGCUGUCUGAGCUAAACUGGUUUAAACAAGUUAAAUUGGUGUUCAGCUAGCUAAAACUGCUCAAUUUAAACACAGAGCAUGGUGCUGUUUGCUUAAAGCUGUUUGCUCAAACAGAGCCAACCCAUCAGGUUCUUGAUCAGGAAGGGCAUCAUAGGUUACAGGGAAAAGGCAGGAGAAUGGGGUUGAGGGAAAAUAUCUUAGUCAUGAUGGAAUGGCAUAGCAGAUUUGAUGGGGUGAAUGUCCUAGUUCUACUUCAUUAACUAGACUACUGAUUACUGAUAACUGGUUACUGAUAACUACACUACUUAAAGCAGAGAAAGCAGAAUUAGAGCCUACAUUGUAGAACUAUGAUUCCAUUAAUGAAUCAGACGAAUGCUCAGCUGAGACAAUAACAGUUGUUUAGCUCACAUUAUCAGAGUGCUGAGACUGCUACAGAGAAUUGAAUUGGUUCCAAUAAUUUUCAGGCCCUUUACGCCCAAAGAAAUUCCGCUUUGCUACACCCAAAGAACAAAUGUCGCCAGUCAGUUACGAAAUAGCAGAUAAAGUUGAGACUUUGUGCCUAGGUACCAGUUUCCAGGAACUAUUUUAAAGCAAUAUUCACCAUUUUUUGACCAAAGGUUGUCAUAUGACAUGCCCCACAGACAGAAAUAUGGUUACACAGUUUGGAAGAACUUAAGGUUUAAGGAUAUGAUCUUAUCUAGUAAGCAUUACUCCUGCUCAAUCAUUGUAAGCGCUGGACCUUGUACAAAUUGAGCAUAUGCUGUGGUGCAGAUUGUGGAGGAAUGGUAACACAUUCCAGCAGCAGCUGUUCUUCGCCUCAGGGUUUAUUCAGUAUGUAAAUGAAACAGCAAUCAGUGAUAAUAGAACUACACCUUCCCUUUUGCUUAAAAUAAUAAUUAGUUGUUUACCAUUACCAAUUUGUAAAUUCACUCCAUUGAUUUCAUCAGUUAUUAUGCCAAAAAGCAAAACUGCCUUUUUUUGAAUAAACACAAAAGAUUCUACAGAUGCUGAAAUUCCAGAGUAACACCCACAAAAAGCUGGAGAAACUCAGCAAUUCAGGAAGUAUCUAUGGAGAGGAAGAAAACAAUUGACAUCUCGGGCCAAGACCUUUCAUGGACCCCGAUCAGGUCCGACUAAACUGACAAGUUAACCUUUAUGGAUUCCUGCACAAAAACUCCCAAGUUCCUUUGCACCUCUGAUUUUUUAUUUUAUUUUCUGCCCAUAUCUUCAUUUCCUUUAUUCCACUGUAAUGCUGAAGCAUCGGGCUUCAGCUUCUCCCUCUCAAACUGCUGGGUGAAAUCUGUCAUGAUCACUGUUUCCUAAGGGUAUCUUUACCUUAAGCUCCCUAAUCAAAUCUGAUUCAUUACACAACACCAGAAUUGCAUUUCUUCUAGUGGGCUCAACCACAAACUGCUCUGAAAAGCCAUCUUGUAGGCAUUCUACAAAUUCCUUCUUCUGGGAUCCAGCACCAAACUAAUUUUCCUAGUCUACCUGCAUAUUGAAAUGCCCAUGACUAUCAUAACACUUCUACAUGCCUUUUCUAUCUCACAUUGUAAUUUAUAUACCACAUCCUGGCCACUGUUGGGAGGCCUGUAUAUAACUCCCAUCAGGGUCUUUUCACCCUUGCAGUUUCUGAAUUCUACUCACAAGUAUUCUACAUCUUCUGAUCCUAUGUCACCUCUUUCUAAGGACUUGAUUUCAUUUCUUACCAACAGAGUCACCCCACACCCUCUGCCUGCCUGUCCUUUCAAUGCAAUGUAUAUCCUUGGAUGUUAAACUCGCAACUAUGAUCUUCUUUCAGCCACGACUCUGAUGCCCAAAACGUCUAACCGCGCUACGAGAUCAUCUACCUUAUUCCAUACACUGCAUGCAUUCAAAGAUGAUGCCACGAUAGCGGAGCACUGUUACAGCUCAGGGUGCUGGAGCUUGAUUCCAGUGUCAUCUGUAAGGAGUCUGUACGUGCUCCCCAUGGAAUGUGUGGGUUUUCCCCAGGACGCUUCAGUUUCCUCCAACAGUGCAAGGACAUUCCAGUAGACCAAUGUAUGAUUAUAAAUUGUCCCUUGAUUAGGUUAAGGUUAAACCAGGGUUGUUGGGUUUACUGAGGCACUGCAACUCUAAGAGAUAGAGGAGCCUAUUCCACGCUGUAUUGCUAAAUAAAUAUAACACCUUCAGUCCUUCAUUCAUCACCCUUUAUGAAUUUUCCCCACUGAUUGCAAUUUUGCCCUAUCAUCUGCCUGUUCUUCCUCACAAUCUGACUGCACACUGCAUCUAUUGUUAUACAAACUGUCCCAUCGUAGGCCUAUCCAUCCGCCUGCCAAACGAGUUUAAACUCUCCCCAGCAGUUCUAGCAAACCUUCCCACAAGGAUAUUGGUACCCUUCAGGUUCAAAUGUAAUACAUCCUUUUUGUACCGGUCAUAACGUUCCUCAGAAGCCGUUCCAAUGAUCCCGAAAUAUGAAACCCUGCCCCUGCACUUAUUCUUCAGCCAUGCCUUCAUCUGCAAGUUAUCCUAUUCUUACCCUCACUGGCGCAUGGCAUGGGCAGCAAUCCAGAGGUCCCUACCCUAGAGGUCCUGCAUUUCAGUCUUCUACCUGACUCCCUAUGUUCUCUCUUCAAAACCUCCUCCCUUUUCCGCCAUGUGUUGUUGGUACCUAUAUGUACCAUGACUUCCGGCUGCUCAGCCCCCUCCGUUAGAAUGCUGUGGACCCGACCUGCAAUAUCUCUGACCCUGGCACCUUACAGGCAACAUACCAUCCGGGUAUUUCUUUCACAUCCGCAGAAUCUCCUGCUCUUCCUCUAACUAUGGAAUCUCUUAUCAUUAUCACUUCUAUUCUCCUCUCCUCCCCUCUUUUCUUAUGAUCCUCAAUGCCAGAAACCCAGUUGCUAUGGCUUCCCCCUGGUAGCUCCCCCCCCCCCACACACACACACACACACAAAGUAUCCAAAGCAGUAUACAUUUUUGAGGGGAACAGCCACAGGCACUGGAUGCCAAUUCCUUUUCCCUCUCCAGACAGUUACACAGGUGCCUACCUCCUACAAUUUACGGGUGACUACCUCCCUGUGGUGCCCAUCUAUCAUCUCAUGUUCCUAUAUGAACCGAAUGUCAUUAGGCUGCAGUUCUAGUUACUUAACAUGGUUUAUAAGGAGCUGUAGCUUGAUGCACUUCAUGCAGAGGCAGUAACCAGGGAGACUCACAUCUUACACAAACCCUGGAUCCAUUCUCAUGGCACUAGUUAUGUAUUAACAGGCAGAAAGAGAAAAAAAACUUAGUUAUAGCCUCUAUCUGUUCUCGCCCAAGCCUGUUGAGCCAAAGCCUGACCACUCUAACACUGCCCACUCAUACAAUGGUGACUCACUCACACCUUGUUUUUAUUGUCCUUUGUCAAGUGCCUAAUAAAUCAUUAUGAUUGCAGCCUGCCAAAAGGCCCCAAGCUCUUUUUAAAUGUCACAUUGCCUCAGCCAAACAAGUGACUCGAGGAUAUUCCUAUCCGCCCUUUAGAGAUGGUGGCUAAAUAUUCUCCAGUUGUGUCAAAACUAAUUUUGAAUCAGAAUGUUCAAAAAGAUUUUACAAAUUAGAACAAAGAAAAUGUUGCUCUAUCAAAAUAAAGAGUUCUCACAGUCCUUUGCUGGGGACCUCCCGUCACUAUAGCACUGCAGAGCAGUAAUGUCUUUAAUCGCUAGUCUUCGUCUUGUGAUCAUCGGAGUCGAGUAAGAUGUUCUCCUAAGGGGUACUCAGGUGGCUGUGGAGGCCGAUCUGGGAUCCACAUAUUUUGGUACAUUAUUGACACGAGUAUUGGAAGUGGUGGCCAUGGUUAGUGGUCAUGUCUUUUGCUUGUUCAUUCUCACCUUUGGCAGCUGUCGCUUGUUCUCUGCAGCAUAGCAGAAGUCUCUAUCAUGUUGUGCAGCUCCCUUUUGUACAGAUUUCUUCUAUUGAAUGCAAUAUCUUCCCAGUUUUUUAAUGCCUCCUGCACCUCUUCCUGAACUGCUUGUUCAUAUGCACAAUCCAUCCUAUUCCUUUCCUGACUAGCAUGUAGUACUGGGAGUAAUCCAGAGAUUACUGUCUUGGAGGUCCUGUUCUUCAGUCCCUUCCCUAAUUCCAUAUACUCACUGUGCAGAAUCUGUUCCCCUUUUCUACGUGUGUCAUUGGUGCCAAUGUGCACUGCAAUCUCUGGCUGCUCACCAACCCUCUUGAGAAUUUUCUGCAGCCUCUCUCAGUCAUCUUGGACCUUAGCACAUGGGAGGCAAUACACCAUCCUGGCUUUUCUUUAGCAGCCACAGAGUCUACCAUCUGAGCCCCUAACUGGGUGGAUUCCAGAAGCAUUGGUGAUGAGGGUCCUGCUAUCUGAAAUAGUUCUGGAAAUGGAACUGAUGAUCUGGACGCUUGUCAAUUUAGAAGAACAGAGUGACAAGGCUUUCAAAAUUUGAGGGUCCCGAAUUCCAUGGUGUAAUUCAUUGCCAAGUAUGUGCUUUGAUGAAAGCGAAAUAUCCAAUCUGCCCUCCUUCCACUUCACAGAUAGCGGAAAACCUGGCGCAUCUCAGCGGUGAAUUCCUCAUAUUUAUUGCAAAUGGUGGUUUUGUUGUCCCAUUUUGCGGUGGCCCAGGUCAGAGCUCACCCAGUCAGGAGGAAAAUGACAGAGGCAAACUUGGCUCAGUCUGUAACCUACAGAGAUGGCUGGAGCUUCAAGUGUAAGAUGCACCAGGACAGAAAAUUGUGGCAUCGGGUUGAGGAUCCGCCAAAACGAUCAGGUGUUGGAAUCUGGGGCUCCAAGGGAGGAGGUUGACUGGUGCAGGGUUGCUAUAUUGAGAUGGAGAUUGGGUUGAGAAUAGCAAGCAGCGAAUCAAUAGCUUCUGGAUGGCACACUCAUGUAGAUAGCCGACUUCCUUUAGGCAGACUCUGCUGGGUCAAUCUUUGGUUCACUCAUUCUGUCUGGCAAUUUAGAGGAGGUUUGACCCAAACACAGAGCAGCAGAAACAAAUUAGAGGUGAGUGAUAACUUUAAUAGCAAACUACAAAAUAACAAGGGGCCACAAAACAAGAGAGAGCAGAUACUUAACUCAACAAGGCAGCCACGUAGCUGGAGACUAAGAGCAACUGGUUGAGGCUGGCUGGUUUGUAUGAGUACUUACUGCCGUUACGCAGCUGGCGUUCAGGACAGCAAUGAUGGUCCUUCAUCCCUGGCAGUGUCCUGCCCAGGGCUUCCUUCAUCUUGUCAGUAGCUUCCCCUUGAUUCUCACUACAAGUUCCGGGUGGGAGCUCAGGAAUACCAUUGCACUCAGAUGUAGAAGGAUACUUCAUUGCCAUUUUUGUGACAACUUUGUUUUACCAGUCAGCGUUGUUAGUCCUGAGCUGAGCCCCCGAACCAGGAGGACCAAGCAGAUCACUCAAUGUCCCCUACCCUUUGACCCUACCAGGAGCCAAAGUGCAAAGCCCUGACUCCAGCCAACAGAGCUCUCCAGGUCAUUGAGGCAUACAAGCCUCCAAACCCAAUGGCAAGGAUCUGGCCCUCGUGGAGGUUUGUAUGAGUGAACAAGGUUUAUUGUUCAUCACUAACUUAAAAAGUUAUUACCGCUACCUACUGAACUGGAGUGUGAGGAAGGAUCAGGAGAGUGCUCCUAACCCCUACCACCACCAUCCCAAGAAGAAAUAAUACCUGUACCAGUAAUAAGGAUAAUAACAGUAAUAACAAAAAUAACUAUAUAAACACCCAACACUAUUGACUUAAUUUGUAUUAAACAACCCACAAAUUUCAGGAAUUUAAAUGCUUAUGCUUCUCUUGUGCUUCUUCACCAUACCCCAGCAAACUAUCUAAAGUAACAAAAUUGCUUCCAAGGGUCUGCUUUCUCUCACAUUCAUAAGCCCUACAUUCCAAUAAUUCUUCUCCUUCAUAUCUAAACCCUAUAUUUGUAUUUCUAUCAAAUUCUGUAAUAAAGAAGACCUGUAUUCUUAAGUAACUGCACUAUAUAUUUAAAGCAAUAAUCUUGUGAUCCUUUCUCAAAAUAUUGUUAAUGUUAGAUUGUAUUUCAUUCUGAGCUAAGUUUAAAAUCAAUCCUCCCUUUUUUUGAUUGUAUAUUGGACAUUUCAGUAUAUGCUCAACCGCUUUGUGUUGGCUACAAUACUCACAUCUCCCAUUACUGCGUUUCUUCAUUAAAAACAACGUAGUAUUUAAUUGUGUGCGCAAAUCUCAAUCCCAACAUUAUCACCUCCUCCCUCCUGCUGGUGCCUGUAUCGACUAUCCCACUUCUUUCUGGAUAUUAUUAAGGUGUCUUCCUGUUCUCUCUUCAUCACAUUGUUUUCUCCACAUUUUUAAUUUCAUUUUUAAUGAUUUUCAUUUCUCCUUUGCUGUAAUUUAUUUGAAUUUCCACGUCUGCUCAUCGAGUUGCCUCCUUUGCUGAUUUAUCCACUUGCUCAUUCCCUCUGUUACCAACGUGUGCUGGAAUCCACAUAAACAUAAACAGAGCCCCAUCAUUUUAAGUCUAAGUAAGGUUUAUAUUAUCUCACGCAUAAUGCCUGGUCUUGUCUCUAAAUGGAAGUGAUUGUUGUCCCUGAAUCAGACAAUGUCCGUCUCACUUCCUCCACCCACUGUAAAGCGAAUAGUCCAGCAGUCAUUUCACCUGUAUCCACUGAGAAGUCAUCAUUUAUUUUCCCCUGCUUUUUAAUGUUAAAAUCAAGCACUGCAAAUCCUAUCUCCAGUCUGUUAUUACCAGUUUUGAAGCAUAUUGUAUAUAUUUGUAAAUAUCCAUAAUAAUUAUUAUUUACAUAAGAUUCAACUAUAUCUUGAUGUAAAAUCACAUCUAAUCUUUUUGUCUCCUUUCGAAUAAUUUAAGAUCCACCUCUGGUGCUUCACACAGCCAUGGAGGCACCUCAGGAUCAAGCACUGCCUUAUUAAUAAUAUUUGUCCUUAUCGGCUUUUCCUUCAAUAGUCCAUGCAAAACUUCAGACUUUCUCCAUGCUCUUGGUCUACCCAAUGUGUAAACACAAGUUGCGUUCUCAGUUCCAGGGGUGUUUCUCCCUACUGCACCUAAAUUGCAUCCACUGGUACUGAUCCUAUUGCCCUACUAAUUAUCGUUAAUGCUUGACUUUGAAUUAUAUUCGAUUUCUUGAGCAUGCAGUGUGAUGCUGAUCCAUAUACCAUACUUCCAUAGUCCCAGUAUUGAUCUUAUUGAUCCUACGUACAUUGCUUUCAAGGAUUUCCUAUCAGUUCUUCAUUUCUUUCCUAUCAAACACCUCAUAACAUGUAGAACUUUCUUACUUUUGGUUAUUAUUUCCUUAAUACGUGUUGACCAUGUUCCUAUAAGUGUCAAACCAAAUUCCUAAAAGUUUAAAGGUAUCCAUACUUUCUAAUUCUAUACAAUAAAGCUUUAGUUUUUAAGUAUUGUCGAACAAGGAUUAACUUCUUUUUCUGACUUUUUAUGGUGGUUGGCAAUCCAACUUAAAGGUGCAUUACUGCCACCAGCUGGACUCGAGUGUGGUGUAGAGAGUUUGGGGGAGUGGGGUAACCUUACUACUCUUUCAAAUGAAAGCUAAAUUACAAAAGUCCUAUAGAUUGUAAGUAAUGACAGAUGAUACUGUGAAUUAAAUUCACUCCCAUAACUUAAAAGUUUUUAAAUUAAAACAAUCAACUCCCAAAGAUUGUAAUGAGGCCUGCAUUUGAUUUCUUUCAACUUUGUAUGCCACUUCAACCACUCUAAUAGUAUAUAGUCAACUGUUUCAUAAUGAUAACAAAACCUACCCAACCCAGAAUGAUGUUUUCCAACAAGAUAAAGGGAAUAAUUAAGCCUAGUAUGCCCAAUUCUAAGUCAUAUCCAAAUAAUUCCUUCCCUUCUCGUUUUACCACCUCCUCCCAUCAAUACAACAGUUUUAUGUAUUCUCUGGAGGUGUCUCCCCUCAUUCUCAUCAUCCCACAAGUCUUGCCAUAACCCCCUAAUUCUUAACCCUACCAACCCCUUACCUUUUGAUUUGAUAAGUAAAAGGUCUUUAUCCAUUGUUGAACUUUUUAACUGCUCUCUUAGCUAAACAAUCAACCCAGUCAUUCCUCUCAACCCUCUAUAUGCAGAGAACCAUUAGAAGAAAACAUAAACCAGUACUUCUAUAUGAAAUAAUGUUUGACGAGCUUCUAGAAGUAAAUCUGACUGCUGCUAGAAUACCUGGUUUAAGACUCAUCAAAACUGAAAAGGAAUAUGAACAAACUACAACUUUACAUUGACAGAUUUUCUCCACCUACUGUAAGCCUAAAAUGAUGGCAAUUAACUCUGCUGACUAUACUGAUAAAUAGUAAGUUGUUUUUUUUAUUGUUUUCUACAAGAACAGCCACACCAACAUUCCCAGUCAAAGUAUCUUUUGAUCCAUCUGUAGAAGUGGUUAACAUACCAUAAUAAUUUUCCUUAAUAUAUCAAUGAACCAACAGACUCACAGGUGUAACAGAAUCGUUAGACUUUAUUAAAUCAUGUACCUAGAAUCAACCCAAAACCAAGGUGAGGCUACUGAGAAACAAGGAUGAGAGCUGAGUUUAAAUAGGCCGCAGACGAUGAGUUGGAACGAGUGAGAGUGACUCAUGUUAGCUGGGUGGAAACUGGGAGGAGCCUGCCUGUGCAGGCCUAAAGAGAGAAGUAGUAGUUACUUCAAGGGAGGGAAUUCCCGGAGUUCAGCAAACACACCAUGGAAAUAUAACUACAUAAUCACAUAAAGAUAACCAUGUAGAACUUCUCCAGAGUUCUUCAAAUAGGUUAGCUUACUCAUAUCUUUAUUGGGAAUGUACUACAAUUAUACUGUAUAUGGGUAAAUGGCAGUACUGGAACUCAUUCCAUCUGAAGAGCAGGCACUGAACCGACUGCUCCCACCAAAGCAAUGAGAAACUAGAAAUAGAUAACAAUUAGAAGUAAUUCCAUAUGAAAUGUGCUUAUUGUUAUAAAUGAAGAAAUUUGUUGGAAACACUUUCAAAAUCAGGCCUCUUAUAAAGUAAAAAUAACCACUGUGUAUUUGACCAACUGAUAACGUAGUGUAGAAUUUUUUAAGUGUAGAGUUUUGAAUUUCCCCGCUGGUUUUGCAUACACUCUUUAAUUUGGAUGUACAGGAUGUUUUUUGAGAUCAUCUAGUUUCCUGAGAGAUCUGCUUGAAUGCAAACAUUCUGGUUAUUUGAAGAUUCUCUUUUUGGAUUGUGCUGGUUCUAACAUUCUGAUUUUAUGGGCAAGAUAUUAAUCAAAGUUCACUUCUAUACCGAAUAUAUUUAAGGAUUUCGUAACACAUUUGUAGUGUUUGAAAUAGAUAAGGUUGCUUUAUGGAAAGUACUGGCCAGACUAAUAUAAUUGCAGUUAAUUUUUAUUUGUAUCAACUUUUUUGGCUAAAAUUAGCAUUAAAAUAUUCUUUUUUUCCAUAAAUCCUCCUUCAACUUACAAAAUUCUAUUUUUCCUGGAAAUCCUGUAAGUGCAAUCUAAGGGUAAUCAAUGGGUCAUUUGUAUGCAUUUGGUAAAUCUAUUACAGACACCGGACUUGUACACAGGGUUUUACAUGAACUGACAAGAAAAAUAAUUUUAUCAUCUACCUUGAUUGUGUUCAAUGCCAGCACUUUUUUGCUCAUUUAGUUAGUCCAAUCUUUGUAUCUCAUGGUGAAAAUAUAACUUGUAAGGAUCUUUGAGUUGCAGAAUUAUCAAGUACUGCUCUGUAAAAUUGGCAUGUCCACUGAUUGCGACAUGAUAAUUAUAUUAAAUCUCACAGAUUUCUCUUUAAAUCUGCAAAAGGACUGAGUUAUCAUUAAAUAAGUCAUUUAAAGAUAGCCUGAUUAAUUUAGCUAACCUGGCUAACCUGCUUAUGAUUUGAAAUGAAAUGGUAGUAUGUGACAAACUGUAAAAUAUUGUUGUAUACAUUUUUUGUGUAAAAAUAUGCCUGUUUUGUCAAUAGUUAUUCUAAAUGCCUUCAAAAGAUAUAGGGGGAGAAAGGGUGCAAUACUACAAGAGGGACUGUAUAUUUUUUAAAGUGGCUUUGCACUCAUUAUUUAAAGCCAGGAAAUCUGUAAACAGGGUUUUAUAGUGAUUCAAAAUAUUAUUUUAUGAAAUAAAAAUGCAUCCUAAUCUCACACUGUACUUUUUUGUGUAUGUGGAUUUCCUGCUGAAUUAACUUUCUUACUAGCAAUGGUCUUGGAGUUAGUUACUUGAAUGGAACUGGUUCCAAAAUGGAUAUGGGUUAAUGGUCUAGAGACCCAAGUUCA